AUGGGCAACCCAACCCCUGGUAUCUGCAUGGGAGACAGGAGCCUCCAAAACAUCUGGGUUGGAAAACCAAGGAGGCUGAUAUCUGGGGUUCCCAAAGCAUUACAGGAAACUGAGAUUCCCCCUCUUGGAGGGUUCACAUGUAGCCUUGUUGACCCUGAGACCCAAGAGAAAAACAGUCUGAGAAGUGCCUACGCUAUACGCGACAGAGAUUCAUUUGCUAACCUGGGGGCACUGGCUGAGGAGCAGGAGACAGUGUGUGGACGACCCAUAUACUCAGGCCGUGUCGUGGGUGGCCAUGACGCUGUUGCAGGGCAUUGGCCAGUCAGUGUGCACUUGCACCAGGCCCAUGUCUGUGGAGGGUCUCUCAUCGGUGACAGGACACUGACAGCAGCACACUGCAUAAAAAUGAGCUGGAUUCUUUUGUUACAUAUGGUAUGGCUGGGAUCAAUUCACACAGACCACUCAAACCAAAGUGUGAAGCAUCAUGUAUUCAAAAUUAUUAUCCAUCCCCAAUUUCAACAUAUAACUGCAGACAUCACCUUGUUGAAACUGGUCUCUAGAGUCACCUUUACUUCUUUCAUCCUGCCCACCUGCUUGCCCCACAUUACAAAGCGAUUGACACUUCCAGGCUCUUGCUGGGUGACUGGAUGGCAAAAAGUUAUGGAAAGUGAAGAUAGUGAUUACCCUUCCACGUUCCAGGAAGCAAAAAUAACCAUCUUUGCCUGCCAGGCCUGUGAACUCUACAACCCAACUGGCUCCAUGUUGCCAGAGUUAGACCAAGUCAUCAAAGAAGAUGAGAUAUGUGCUGGUCAUUCAACUAACAAGAAGGAUAGCUGCAAGGGUAAUUCUGGAGGGCCUCUGUGAUGUCAUAUUAAUGGUGUAUGGAUCCAGAUAGGAUUGGUAAGCUGGGGAACAGGCUGUGCUACAUCUCUCCCUGGAGUCUACACCAGUGUGAUCUACUAUCAAAUUAUUAAGACCACUAUCCCAAGAGCUGAGGUCGUGGGUGCCAACGAUUUGGACUGAUCUGACCUCCUGUUCCUCAUUGUACUGCUCUCUCUAGCUCUCCUGGGACCCUUCUGUGCCUUUGCGCCUAACAUUUUACCAGGAGAGUAG